AUUUCCAUUGACAGAGGCUACGAAUCGUAGACCUCACCCUCCGUUUACAAACUACACACGAGGUCUAAUUUCGACCGGUGGAAGAAACGUCGGGGAGUUUGUAAAUAUCGCACAAACAGGUGCUGCAGGUCGGGGUAGCAUCAUGACGUCUGUUAUGGAUCCGAAUGUUUCUAAAUUCAACCCAGAGACAGCAAGAGUGUACCAUUUUCGUUACAUGAGAGAAUACCGUGCUAUCUGUGCAUUAUGGGGUCUGCUCACAAUCAUCUGGUGUAUAUUGAAUCUGGUGACAUUUAUCCAGCCUCAGUGGAUUGGAGACAGUCCGCAGUCCCCGGGAUACGGACAUCUGGGCGUGUACGCCAACUGCUACCCCGAUCACGACCGUGGGGAGUACUUGUGUGAUGGGUCCCCCUUCAGCUGGGACUCGAUCCUCAACAACUCCUUCAAAGCGACAUCGUUCUUCGUUGGUGUAUCAGCCUUGUUGAUGUUGAUCACAGUAGCUGCCCUGCUCUUCUUCUUCUGCUUCAAGAAAACCUUGGUGUUCUACUUGUGUGGAAUUAUGGAAAUCAUCUCUGCUCUGUUCAUGUUUCUGGCCUGUGUGAUCUACCCUAGCGGAUGGAACCAGGCCGAGGUGAAGACUAUCUGUGGUGAUAUGGCUGGGGAGUACCGCCUGGGCGAGUGUGGGAUCCGCUGGGGUUACAUCCUCGCCAUCCUCGGUAUAUUUGAUGCUGCCUUUCUAGCUAUUCUUGCAUUCCUCUUAGCUACAAAACGUGCAAAGCUGGAGAUGUACUCAACGACCGGCACAGUGACAAAGUCCGAGUUGAAUGGCUACUCGGGCGACACCCUUUCGAAGCAUUCCGUGCCGAUUCAGCCAGUGGUGGCCGUCCCGGACUCUCAGUAUGGUGGCCGACGGGACUUUACUCUGUGAUUCCUCAUUUUCCCGGACUGUAUGGGUCAUUUAUUAUCUCUGAUCUGCCAACAAACUUGCUGCUGUUUGUAACUAUGUUCAAGGUGAAGAUGAUGGGCUGCAUGCUUCAGCAUCCUUGAAUAAUUCUUACAUAGUGAUAUAAUAAUAAUGUUUCCAAUGUGUAUAUAAAACGCUUCAUGUGCUGAAGAUGAAGCUUACCCAUGGAAAAAAAAAACGUGACAAAGAAAAGUUAUCUGGGAAAGUGGACAGAAGGAUCAAACUAAGAAAUGUAUUACAUGUCAUCAGUGAUGUUGUUACUAAAAUAUGUCUGUAUAUAGAUUAUAAAACAAAAAUCUUAUGAUGAUAUUCAUUCUCUUCACAAAAACAUUUUGGCAGAAUUAUUUUGUAGAAUGGGAAGAUUUCUAAUAUUUAAAACAGGAAUAGAACACAGGUCAGAAUUGUUUUUAUAAUGAAUAUAUUACUAUGUAAAGUUUGAUACCAAAUUUUCAUUAUAGGGGCAAUGCAUGGGUAUGUGAGUGUAUAGUACACACAGGUCCCUAGGGUAACAGAGAAUUCUCAUUAUAGGGGCAAUGUAUGGGUAUGUGAGUGUAUAGUACACACAGGUCCCUAGGGUAACAGAGAUAUCAUAAAGGAACUUUGAACAAAUGAAUAAAUAUACCCAGUCGAAAUAGUAUUACAGGACAGGUGUCCUGUCACCUGGGGGCAAUAGAAUAAUGAUUCUAGAAAUAUACAUGUGUGUAACCAAUGUUCACUUCAAAGACAUAAUCAUAUUGAAUGAUCAAGGUGAAAAUAGGAGGCUGAAGACUCAAGGAGGAUGUAUUAUCAGAGAGCUGUCAAUGGGCAGUACAAAUGAGAAACAGAAUGUCAAACUAUUACACUGAUGGGAGACUUAGCAGUUCAUCUCCUCCAUCUGUGUAAUAUCUGGCCCUGUAAAUCAUAUUUCUUUAUUCUGUAGAAUCUUUCUGUACCAUAUUACAUAUAUUUUUGCAUAGUUUAAAAAUGUAUACCAACACAACGAUAACAAAUAUAAACCUCUGGAUGCUUUCUGAUGUUGUUCAGUCAGUCUUUGUACAUAAUUCUAUCUCUAUGCAUUUUUAAAUAGUUUUUCAGUUAAAGCAAUUAAAAAGUCUUCGAAAAAUUUUCUUUUGUACUUUUUAUUUGAGAAAUUGUCUCAAUAAAUAUAUUGUAUGACCCUGUCUCUUUGGAAAUUUACUGGCCUGUUUUAUAUUACAUCAGUGAUUGAAUUGAAUGCUUACAACAAGCUCAAAAAUAUUAUUCAUGUAGGCAUUGUUUUAUAAAAGAGAAUGACUGGAACCAACAAGGUAAAGUUUCUUCUCGCCCGAUUAUCAUUACACGAUACAUACCUUUUAGUUGUGCGAGUGUAUUUUACUGUUGUAUUAUCAGUAUGGUUUUAUGAGUAGCUCCUUAUAUAACGAGGCUUUAUACACAAAAUAUGUAUAUACAUAUAUAUAUCCAUAAUGAACUGCUUGAAAAUGGUUUCAGUAAUCUAUACAUUAUACGUUCAUAUUGGUUUAAAUUAUAUUUUUAUGGAGGAAAGGUGAGAAUACAUGUUUUUUCUUCACUAUGAAAUUCAGACAGAACACCCUAACAAUCAAAUUCACCUUUACACAGAAAUCCAUGAAAACCAUAUUGGUGAGUCUGUUUAGCAUUUCCUGUUAAAAAGAGGUGAUCAUUAAAAUAUCUGGGAACACCAGAUAGUCACUACAAUGUACUUUGUUUCAUUCCUAAGCUAAAGAAAAUAUUGGUCCUCAUUUUUACGAUAUUGAAAACAUUGUAAUUAAUUAUUCCUCCAGUUCAUUUUUCUAAACAGGGGGUUUGGGAAUCUGUAGUAUUGAUGUAUUUAAAAUUUGAUGAAUUGUGAUUUUGUACAUAAGGAAGAAACAAUAAAUAUACACCAUUUUCUA